AUGGCACACCAAGAGGAGCGUAUAUUCUACUUUUGCGACCCUUUACCGCAUACCCGUUGUCAAAUUCUUAGCUUGCCUUGGUUGAAAGCCUGGCAGAGUAACACGUCCUCUCAUAAGCAAAGACCCAAUCAUGACAUACCCAUUCUGAAAAGCAAUCACAGCAUUCAUCCUCCGCCUUGGACACAUACUUUUCCUCCUGUAUUUGUGUUUUUUCAUCUUGCAUUUCAACUAUCGCAUCUUGUAGCCCAUACCUUUGAAUACCUGACCGUGGAACGCCUGUGUGUGGUUUACGGUACAUGGCUCUUUUGGGCGGGCUGGUUACUGGGCGUUUUUGUGUUUAGCGAACGUCUGACCAUUGAUCUCACCCAUCCUACCACCACGCUCUUCUGGUUUCUGUUGCUCGAAAGACGCAGUGCUUGGGGAAUUAUCGUAUGGGAGUUUGUCAGUCAAUUGGAUCAAAACGUACCGUCUUCAUCUGAUCUGGGGACCGAGAAACUAAGGUUCUGGCAGCUGGGUAAUUAUCGAUUAUUGGCGUUCCGAGUGUGGUGCUUAGUGGGCACCGGCAGUGCUUGGGGAUUGCUGUACAUCGUCCUCGCUAAAUGGGACGGUUUCUCUCUGUUAUACCUCUUGCAGCUGUCAAACAUUGUCAAGCUUUUGUUCGUCAGUGCCACAGGUGGAUUGAUGAUGAUCUGUUUCUGGAGUUUCUGGACCUUUCAGUACCGUGGCGUCAUUUGGCAACGAGAGUUACGAAAAGGCAUCGCCGUUUGGUACAGCGACGGAAUCGCACGAGCUGGCGACGUGAUAUAA